UUUGUUCUGUGCAUAUUCAGUAUCAAAGUUAAUUUGACUUUAGACAUUUUAUUCACCCGUUGAAUAUCUGUUCACUCUUAAGUCUUAAGUGUCUAAUUGUUGGCAGUUUACGCUGCGUGAGACUGCAUACAGUGUGAUAAUUGUAGCUUUCUAGCUAACUACCAAACAGAUUAUUUAGUUAAAGUUAGCUCAGAUAGCCUCAUGAAAGUUAGCUAGAUAGUAUUGCUUAAGGUCUAACGUACUUCUUGAUACACUUAUCUGACUUUACUUGUGUUUUUACAGUUGAGAUGUAACUGGAUAUCAUUUUGUUUUUUAGCUAUUGCACCGGUACGGUAACGUAAUGCAAAGCAGGUGGUCAUGGCUUGGAAGUCGAAGACCCGCAAUCUACAGGUGUUUGACACGGAGCUGAGUGCUGACACGGUGGAGUGGUGUCCCGUUUCACCGAGCCACGACAUCCUGGCCUGCGGGACAUAUCAGCUACAGAAAGGGGCAGGGGAAGAGGAUGCCACCCCAAGCCGGACAGGUCGUUUGUACCUUUUUGAAUUCCGGCGAGAGGGAUCGAUGAGCCCUCCUCUCACUGAGCUACAGCGCAUGGACACACCAGCCAUUUUAGAUUUAAAAUGGUGCCACGUGCCGGUGUCGGGGGAGGCAGUGCUGGGAAUGGCAGCUGCCACCGGAGAGCUGCAGCUGUACACACUGUCAGACAGUCAGGAAGGCGGCCGCAGUCUGCAGACUCUGAGCAGUUUGGAGGUGGGAGCGGAGCGGCUGGCUCUGUCAUUAGACUGGUCCACUGGAAGAAUGCAUAGCAGUGACGUGCGGGUGGUGUGCAGUGACUCUGCAGGCUGCGUCAGUGUGCUCUCCCUGGCUGAAGGCACUCUGAUGGCUCUGUCACAGUGGAAGGCCCAUGACUUUGAAGCCUGGAUCACAGCCUUCUCCUACUGGGACACACAGCUGGUUUACUCUGGUGGUGAUGAUUGCAAACUUAAAGGCUGGGAUCUCAGGGUUGGGCCCUCCUGCCCCACUUUCACCAGUAAAAGGCACUCAAUGGGUGUGUGCAGUAUUCACAGCAACCCACAUCGAGAACACAUCCUGGCUACAGGCAGCUAUGAUGAGCAGGUUUUGCUGUGGGAUGGCAGGAACAUGCGGCAGCCGCUCAGUGAGAGUCCCAUGGGCGGUGGAGUGUGGAGGCUGAAGUGGCAUCCGACCCAUCAGAACCUGCUGCUGGCAGCCUGCAUGCACAAUGACUUCCAUAUCCUUCACUGCCAGCAGGCCCUAGAGGGCAGUGGAGGAUCGUGUCCUGUCGUAGCCUCCUAUAUCCUCCACAACUCCCUGGCGUAUGGAGCUGACUGGUCCCAGCUGUCCCUGGAGGAACCUGCUCCCUGCUCCCCUCCUGCUGCAGAACCAAAGGAAAGCCUCACAGAGAGCGGAGGGCACUUAAGGAUUCAGUAUGAAUCUCCCACUGCCAGCUUUGACACUUCCCUGGAGGAUGAUGCUGGACGAUACAUCCCAGAAUGCAUUGCAGCGCCCUCUACCUCCCCUACUGCAGGCCCUGCCCUCAACUCUAAUGAGGAUCCCUCUUCAGUGUCCUGUCUGCUGUCAAGCUGCUCAUUCUAUGACCAUAUGCUCCAUGUGUGGCGCUGGGACUGGACUCCAGAUGAGGCUCAGCAGGAAUCGGAGCAAUGUUGACUGGAGCACUGGCUGCACUGACACAAUCGAAAUAUCUUGUUUCAAAUUAAAACAUGUACCGAAGUAAAUCAGAAUAUACACCCCAGUUAGAACAUGGGCAUGAUACUGUUAUUCCAUUCAAUGUCUUCCCUAUGAAAAUCCCCACAUUUUAGAAUAUAUUAUCACAGAAUAUGCAAUUAGGAAAAACCUAUAUUUUCAUAAUGACUCUUGAUUUUUAUAAACUUGUAUUUGAACAUAAAUUGUUUAUAAUCCUUAUACUGUAUGUAGCAACAAGAUCAAUACAACCAUUCACUCACACACCUUUCCUUCAUUAAAGCUUUUUCAAAGCA